GUGACCCGCCCUUUACUCCGUACUCCGGAUUUGUUUUAUGUCCUUUUGUUUUUUCCUUCUUUUAGUCGCUCUGACUUUUCUACAGCUACAGCUCUGGGUUUAUGCUGGAUUCCUUCCUCUCAUUAUUGAAACUCUGAAUCAAGACGUUUCGGGUCUUCAUUGUUCUUGUUUUCUGGGAGUGCAAGGAAAUAAGCAAAGGGUUGUGUGAACUGACUUGACUAUCUUUUGAAUUGAAUUGAAUUGGAUCUAUCUGCAAAUGGGGAAAAGGAGUAAAACUAUGGAGUUGUUGACUAACUUGAUGAAAGAAAAGCCUUUACUUCCUCUCUUGAUUUUCUCGUGCUUAUUGGUUUGGGGAAUUGAGAAGUGGUUUUUCGCCCUCACCAACUGGGUUCCUCUUGCUAUUUCUCUCUGGGCUGCUUUUCAGUAUGCAAGUUAUCAACGCCACAUUCUUACAGAAGAGCUGGAUAAGAAAUGGAUGCAGACGUUACUCCAGAAUUCUCAAACCACACCUUUGGAGCAAUGCGAGUGGUUAAACAAAUUACUAUUAGAGAUUUGGGCGAACUACAUUGGCAAAAGGCUGUCAUUGCGAUUCGCUUACAUGGUUGAGAGACGCUUAAAACAUCAGAAACCGAGGAUGAUUGAAAAGAUUGAAUUACAAGAAUUUUCACUGGGCUCUCGCCCUCCACUCCUUGGUAUUCGUGGAACCAGAUGGUCAACUUCAGGUGAUCAGGGGAUCUUGCAUAUGGGCUUUGAUUGGGACACCGAUGAUAUAAGUGUACUUUUGCUGGCAAAAUUAGAAAAACCAUUGAUGGGAACUGCACGAAUAAUGAUUAACAGUCUCCACAUCAAGGGUGAUCUUCAAUUGAUUCCAGUUCUAGAUGGAAAGGCAAUCUUAUACUCUUUCAUCUCAACUCCAGAAGUUAGGAUUGGUAUUGCAUUUGGAAGUGGCGGAAGCCAGACUUUUCCAGCUACUGAAGUUCCAUGGGUCUCUGCUUGGCUGGUUAAAUUUGUAACUGAUUUGUUAGUAAAAAGGAUGGUUGAGCCUAGACGCAAUUGUUUAGCUUUACCUGCAGUGAUCUUAGAGAGAACAGUUGUAGGCGGAAUAUUAUGUGUUACCAUUAUAUCUGCAAACAGAAUAUCCAUGAAAGAAGUGAGCUCAGCAGCCACAGAUGGCAAUAGUUUUGAAUAUGAAAAACUACAAACAUUUGUGGAGGUUGAACUUGAGGAGUUAAGGAGGAGAACAGAUGUCAGCACUGGUUCAAGUCCUCGAUGGGAAUCGAAAUUCAAUAUGACUCUCCAUGAUAGCACGGGAAUCCUUAAGUUCCAUUUAUAUGAAUGCACUCCUGACAGUGUCAAGUAUGAUUGUCUAGCAAGCUGUGAAGUUAAGAUGAGAUAUGUCCCACAUGAUUCGACGAUAUUCUGGGCAACUGAUGGUGAGUCUGCAAUCACCAGGCAUGCUGAGUUUUGUGGCAAAGAAGUUGAAAUGGUAGUUCCGUUUGAGGGGGUGUGUUCAGGGAAGUUAACAGUUAAACUAAUCUUGAAAGAAUGGCAAUUUUCUGAUGGGUCUCAUACCUCUAGAAUUUCUCAUGCUGGAUCUGAACAGCCAUUCAAUGGCUCCCCUACCUUUCCUUCAAACACUGGAAGAAAAAUUAACGUUACAGUGAUAGAAGGUAAAAAUCUCCCCUCAAAAGACCGUAAUGGCAAGUCUGGCACUGGAACCUAUGUGAAACUGCAGUAUGGGAAGGCUCUAAAAAGAACCAGAACUGUUCCACAUACUUCAGAUCCGGGAUGGGAUCAGAAAUUUGAAUUUGAUGAAAUUGGCGGUGGUGAAUAUUUAAAAAUAAGGUGCUUUAUUGAAGAAAGGUUCAGUGAUGAGAAUAUGGGCAGUGCACGAGUAAACUUAGAAGGGCUUCUAGAAGGAUCUCCAAAGGAUGUAUGGGUUCCCCUUGAAAAGGUUAAUUCUGGAGAACUGCGUCUUAGAAUGGAAGCGGUUCGAGUUCAUGAUCAUGAAGGAUCCAAGGGUUCCCAUCGAGAUGGAUGGAUUGAACUUACCCUCGUUGAAGCAAGAGACCUUAUUGUCGCUGAUAUCAGAGGCACAAGUGAUCCAUAUGUGAGUGUACAUUAUGGAAAUUUGAAGAGAACAACAAAGAUUAUUUCUAAAACUCUGAAACCACAAUGGCACCAAACUUUUGAAUUUCCUGAUGAUGGCAGUCCUCUAUCUUUGCACGUGAAAGAUCAUAAUCUUUUUCUCCCAGAAAGAAGCCUAGGUGAUUGUGUUAUCGAAUAUCAAAGAUUUCCCCGAAACAAAAUGUUUGAAAAGUGGAUUCCCCUCCAAGGUGUGAAAAAGGGAGAGAUCUAUAUUCAAAUCACACGAAGAGUUCCUGAAAAUGAGAAAAAAUCGAGCCUCGGCUCCGAGUCUUCCGUAGCUAAAGCACGCCGUGAUAUUUCUAACCAGAUGAAGCAAAUGAUGAUGAAGCUUCAGUCGUUGGUGAAGGACAAUGAGGUGGAAGGGCUCUCCACAACGUUGAGUGAGCUAGAAAGCCUCCACCUCACCCAAGAAGACUUCAUGCUCCAGCUUGAGACCGAGCAGUCCCUCUUAUUAAACAAGGUGAAUGAACUCAGCCAGGAAGUCAUGAAUUCAUCAGCUUCGCCCAAUAAUUUCGACAGGACAUCUACUUUUCCUUGACCACCGGAUCUCAUUUCUAUAUAUACGUAUGUAUUCUUCCCACACACAAAUCAUUGGCUGUUGGAUGGUCGAUGGGAUCCAACAGUAAUUGUGUUGUUAAUAUUGUAUUGAAAGGAGAGAAACUGUAUGUAAAUGCUCCAUCGAUGGAACUCUGUAUUUUUUCUUUUGGGUCCAUUAACUCCAUUGUCACUUGUAAAUAUGACACUUUUGUGAAUGAUGGUGGGGAAACAUUACACAAGUUUCCAUUUGUUGUAUUUGUCAUAUAUUAAAGAAAUAUUUGUUGUAUUUGUCAU